AUGACGUAUGAGGCACGCUCUUCGGCAAAAAGUCGCCGCCGGCCGUUCACGCCGAGCCAGCCAGUUGCCGGCUCGCACGGCAGCCUCUUCCUCUCGACCAGCCUCAACUUCGACACGGCCAGGCUGCAGCGGGGCACUACCAUCGUGCUACGCUGUUGCAGCCUGACCUUUCCCACUGCUCUCGCGCUGGCACACUUCGGCCUUCCGCUGCUCGCGUUCGGCGAGCUCUUCUCCGCACUCCUGCCACGGCAGUUUGCCGGCACAGUCGAGCUGGAGUAUCCGCUUCUUGAUGCUUCUGCGGUCAAGCUCGACCUUAUGCCGCCUCCGAUUGCCUCCGGCAUCGCCGGCGCCGAGAGGCUGGACCUCUGGGUCCGCGACUCCUCGCAGCCUGGCGGGUGGGCGUCCCGCAACUACUGGCUGUCGCUGCCUCCAGCCUACUCGCGGUGGUCGCCUCAGAUGCUCGUGCUCGACUUCCACGGCUUCUACGACACAGCCAGGAGAGAACGGAGGGAAGACCGGCUCGCCUUCUUCGUCGAUGAGUGGCAGCUCGACAUUGUGGUGGCAGAGCCACACGGAUCUGGCGACGCGUACUCGGGCGACUCGCGUGCGUGGAACGUCGACGGCAAUGGGCUCAACACGGAGCCCGGUCCGCAAGGUCCGACCUGCCUCGCGCCGCGGUACAAUGGCGACGGCUGGAACGACCGGUACAAGUGCUACGACAGCUGCGCGGGCUGCGACUCGACCUGGGGCUGCAACUUUGCGUCGUGCAUGGACGACCGCUCCUUGGCCAUCCACCUGACCGGCAUCUCCGCGGGCGGGCUGAUGGCGUACCAGGCGGCGCUCGACUUCUCCGACUUGUUCUGCGUAGGCUUCGACGACGUCUACGUGGUGCCCGGCUUCGACGACGUCUACGUGCCCGCCAACGCGUCCAAUGGCUUCGGCGGUGCGCCCGACGGCGCCACCACUUCGCACGACCGCUUCUUCUACCACGAGGUGCCCGCCAUCACGAGGCAGUUUGCGCGCGCCGCCGGCUGCAACCUGACCGCCAACCGGCCCCACCCGACCAAGUUCGACGGCUUGCGGCGCCUCUCGUGCAACGAGCCGCACGGCGCGUGCGCGAGCGGCGCGUCGGUCGUCCAGUGCGUAGGAGAGUGGGGCCACACUUGGCCGCUGCACCAUCUCCACCCCUUCGCCUACGCGGACCUCGUCCUCGGCUUCUUCUCGCGCCACCCGAAGGCGCGCGGCUACGUACCGCGUUAG